AUGGGUGCCCGAAUAUCUAUAAGCCAAAGGAUAAGAAUAGGCCGCGGCGUUUUCGGCAGCAGCGACCCAAAUGCUGCAACAAUUCGUGUUCUGAACGAUACUCCCUCUCCCAUCACCCUCGUAUUAUAUACGCCUGGUCAAGUGUUUACCUUGGAAAGCAAGGAAAUCGGGGCUGGGACAGCUGGAGAUAUCAUUUUUCUCAAAGCAGUCUAUGACAUUGAAGUGGUGUAUACUGAUGAGAAGAAGAUUAUUCGGAAUGUCCAAGCCUCCGAGAACAUCAGCACCACCGCCUCCGCCAUUCUAUCAGGCGACUAUGAGGACGACGUUCCGAUCAGUAAGAAGGUGAAACUCAUAGGCAAGACCUCAUUGGUUAAAGAUUACCUGAGUGGAGGGUCACUCGAAGCGGCCAUUCAAACUUUUGGUGUUACGCCUGAUGAUCUUCUCGAGGAUGCUAUCAAGAAGAUUCCACAAGAGCAAUUUGCUCCGUUCAACUUUGAAUGUUACAUAAACGUUAACGAGACGCGUGGGAACCAAUUGUGUUCUGUGGAGGCCUAUGUGAAUCAUGACGAAUAUUCAGUAAUUGCACCAGGCAACCACCCUACUACCAACCCUCCUUAUUGCACCUUGCAUUCCGCUACAUCCGUUUGGCCCAUGAACGCCCCAGAUUACAAACGCCCCAUCUGUAUCAUGGGGUGCGAUGACGAAUUACAAGAAGCGGGUCCAGCACGACUGUUUAGUCUCGUGGGAGGCUUAGUAUCAGGAUUUGUACAUAGUUGUGAGGGAGCGACACAAAGGGCUGGUGGGAUAUUGGGAUCGCAACCUGCUUGUGCUCUUGUGGACGGGUACCUUCUCGACUUUGGGAUCAAUGGGUCGAUUCGGCUGAAGAACCCAGGAAGAGCUGGCCACAUCGCCUGGGGACUUCCUAGAUCUGGGGGUCUCCAUGUUCGCGACAUUGCUGCCAAGAGCAAUAUCUCUUCCACAAAAUUAGCGCUGAAGAACGGCCAUUCACGAAAUGAAUUGUGCCCACAUCUACUUUGGAGAUACUUUUUCAACGUCUCAGUCUUCAGCUAUGUUGACCUAUUCUGGUACCUUGUACAGCGUCCCUCGGUCACUCAAAACUCCGCAGCGGUAAAUCACCCCAAGCCAACUGGCCCGGUCAUGAAACCGCCCCCGGUCGUGAAACCAGCCCCAGUCGUGAAACCAGCCGUCGUGAAACCAGCCGUCGUGAAACCAGCCCAGCCCCCACCAAUUAUCACUGUCCCAGAUCAAGCGAGGAAGUCAUUGUUUGCUCUCGUCAUCGGCAUUAAUGAGUACAAAUAUGCCGAUCUUCUGAACGGGUGUAUCAAGGAUGCAACGGACGUGUGCAACUAUCUACUUCAAGACUUAAAAGUUCCCGAUUCACAUAUCCGCUUUCUGACUAACGAGAACGCCAAGCGCGCUGACAUCAUCAAGGCGUUCCUGGAAAUUCAAACUGACAAACGUAUCAAGAAGAACGACCCAAUCUUGAUUUUCUUUGCAGGACAUGGCGACGAAACUGACGCUCCGACUGGCUGGCCUUCUGGAGACAUAUCCAACCAGAUACAGAUGAUCAUCCCACAGGACUACUGCACCAUUCCUGCAAGGCAAGUCCAUGGAAUCCCCGACCAUACUCUCGCAGCGUUACUGAACGGAAUAGCGGAUCGACAUGGGGACAAUAUAACCGUCAUCUUCGACUGCUGCCAUUCAGGCUCCGGGACUGGAUCCCGUGGAUCGAGCACUGCACCAGGAUAUACCAGAAGCGGAUUAGCCAACCACGUCCUCUUGGCAGCAUGCACACAAAAAGAAAAAGCGGGUGACAGUCUCAAGGGUGGGCCGUUCACCCAAGCCCUCCUUCCUACUCUCAAAUCGGCGGGCACGGAUAGACUUACCCAAAACCCCCAGUGCGAAGGGGAGAACCAAAAUCACAUCAUUUUCAACUCCAAAGCACCUACAACAGGACGUGUAUGUUUCCCUAUCAAGAUGAAGGGCUCAGCAUAUGAGAUGCAAGCCGGAUCUGCACAUGGUGUCACAGAGGGUUCUGAAUUCAGUCUAUACAACGACAGUCUCACAAUCGAUGACUCACCCUCCCUCUGUGUCUUUGUUGUUGCUUCUGCGGCUCACAUUGGCCCAUUCACCACGACGCUGACGAAACAUACAUCCAGCACUGCCAUCACCCCUCUUUCCGCAACUUCUUGCGUUUUGCAAACGAAAGCCGGGAAACUGGAGGAUCUUCUAGUGUUUGCUUCACUCGAUGAAAGACUUACCAGAUUGUAUGAGACUCUGGCGAGAAUGAUGGAAGAGUUCCAUCCUGGAAAGAGGCAAAUCCGGCCUGUCCUAGAGAAGGAAAAGGCGAGACUCGGCCUUUCGAUUGUGGACAACAGAAUAGCGUUCGACAUCCUGGACUCGCGUCUCGCAGAGUACAGCUUGACGUGUAUGCCUCAUACCGUAGCAAACGACCCGCAGGAAAUUAUUCCGGUCCUUCAUGGCGCUGCUCAUUUCUAUUGGCAUCUUAACCGCGAGGUCAAAAAUGCUCUCGUCGACACCCCCAUCGUCAUUGAAUGCAAUACCCUCAAACGCACAAGUGAUUACUCAAUUUCGGGAAAGGCAAUUUUGAAGCCGACUGGGGACAACCUCUUACAGCUCGACGGUGUCAUUGACAUCAUUGUGUCAGAGGAGACGAUGUACGGAUAUAAAAUUACUAACAACAGCGAUCGCGAUCUCUACAUCAACGCCUUUUACUUCGACAACACUGACUUUAGCAUUCAAACAUACUACCAAUCACCAACAAGUGGUAAAUUCGAAACCUACCCCACCCUCACCCAAGGUGGCAGCUCUCUCACCCUCGGCUACGACUCUGGCGGGGUUAACCCAUUCACCUAUUGCCUAGAGGAAGGCACCAACAUUGACGUGGGGUAUUUAGUAUUCUUCAUUGCCUCAGAGAACAUCAAUCUCUCUACCAUCCUGCAGAAGACGCCGUUUGAGGGUCCGGGACGCAAGUCUGUGCAAGUGAAGCCCGCUGCGGAACCAGUUUACGGCACUAUCUUGGUGCCCAUUGUUCAGCGCCGUUAUCGGGUCCAGGGACAGUGA